AAGGCGGCCAUUUUAUAGCUUCUUGAAGAAUAGGAACGAGCUGUAGUUUUCAUAUAGCGAAAAUUUAUUUGUUCUAGUUUUAUAAAUUAUUUUACACAAGCAUUUUUACUUACGUACAAAAAAGUAUACGUAUUUAGUGUAAGUUUAGUUAUAUUUAUGUAUUGAGCGAAGAGAAAUGGACGAUCCAAACAGGAUGAUGGCGCACAGCGGCGGGCUGAUGGGACCGCAGGGCUACGGCCUGGCUGGGGAAGGCGCCCCUACGGCGGGAGAGGGCGAAGCUCGUAAACAGGACAUUGGAGAAAUUCUACAACAGAUCAUGAAUAUUACCGACCAGAGCCUUGACGAAGCUCAAGCAAGAAAACAUACACUAAAUUGUCAUAGAAUGAAACCUGCCUUGUUUUCUGUGCUAUGCGAAAUUAAGGAGAAAACGGUGCUGUCACUUCGCAAUACUCAAGAGGAGGAGCCUCCGGACCCGCAGUUGAUGCGGCUGGACAAUAUGCUGAUAGCGGAGGGUGUGGCGGGUCCUGAGAAGGGUGGUGGUGCGGGUGCUGCAGCCUCUGCGUCAGCUGCCGCUGGCGAGUGGGGCACUGUGGCUCAAGCAGAUAACGCGAUCGAGCACUCGGACUAUCGUGCGAAGCUCGCCCAGAUCCGCCAGAUAUACCACCAGGAGCUGGACAAGUAUGAGAACGCCUGCAACGAGUUCACCACGCAUGUGAUGAACCUCCUUCGUGAGCAGAGUCGCACCCGGCCUAUCACACCCAAGGAAAUAGAGCGAAUGGUUCAAAUAAUUCACAAGAAGUUCAGCUCCAUCCAGAUGCAGCUGAAGCAGUCCACUUGUGAAGCCGUUAUGAUACUGCGCUCGCGGUUCCUAGAUGCCCGUCGCAAACGGCGCAACUUCAGCAAGCAGGCCUCCGAGAUCCUAAAUGAAUAUUUCUACUCACACCUCUCUAACCCGUACCCCAGUGAAGAGGCGAAAGAGGAACUGGCGCGCAAGUGUGGCAUUACUGUCUCACAGGUGUCCAAUUGGUUCGGCAACAAACGCAUUCGCUAUAAGAAGAACAUAGGCAAGGCUCAGGAGGAGGCGAAUCUGUAUGCGGCUAAGAAAGCAGCGGACCUGCCUUGGAUUGGUGCGUGCAGGCGCGAUGCUAGCUCCCCUCCGGCCCGACCCACCUCGUAUUACACAGCGGGGGCGUCGCCGUACUCAAUGGGGGCGGCGUCAGGCACGGCCACGCCCAUGAUGUCGCCGGCGCCCACACAGGACAGUAUGGGAUACUCUCUGCCCGCGCCCGGGUACGACGCGCCGCAGCCCGGAUACGACGCCGCCAUGGGCUAUGACCCCAUGCACCAGGAUCUCUCGCCCUAACUCUACUUGCGGUCAAUUAAAGGGCCCGAGAUUGCGAAUGUAAUCGUGCAGCUUCCACAUAAUUGCCAUUUACUACAUAACUUACUUUAUAUCUAGUGAGCAUUAGCGGUUAGGACAUUAAUGUAUACUAUGAACUUUAUGAAACAUUUUAGCUCUAAUAUUUUUGGACGGAACUUAAAUUUGCCCUGUAUUAUCUAUUUG